GGAGGCUUCUCGCUUGGUCGUCUUCCUCUGUGAAAAACUCCCAGGGUUCUCUCAUGGCGGUGUUGAAUCUUCACGUGAGCUCCAAAGCGGAGUUGAAGCGAAGGGAGAAGCAGAAGAAGAAAGCUAGGUCAGGGGGAUUCGAGUCUCUAGGGCUGAGUCCCAAUGUCUACAGGGCCAUCAAGCGCAAGGGCUACCGAGUCCCCACUCCCAUUCAGCGCAAGACCAUGCCCCUCAUUCUCUCUGGCUGCGACGUUGUUGCCAUGGCCCGUACUGGUUCCGGAAAAACCGCCGCCUUCCUCAUUCCGAUGCUUGAGCGCUUGAAGCAGCACGUCCCUCAGACCGGCGUUAGGGCUCUCAUUCUCUCUCCUACUAGGGACCUGGCGCUUCAGACUUUGAAGUUCACCAAGGAACUCGCUCGAUUCACCGAUGUUCGCAUUAGUUUACUUGUUGGUGGUGAUAGUAUGGAAAGCCAGUUUGAAGAAUUGGCACAGAAUCCCGAUAUUAUAAUUGCAACUCCUGGUAGGCUCAUGCACCAUUUGUCUGAGGUUGAUGACAUGUCAUUGCGCACAGUGGAAUACGUGGUGUUUGAUGAAGCUGAUUGUCUAUUUGGCAUGGGUUUUGCUGAGCAGUUGCAUAAAAUCCUUGCCCAGCUGAGUGAUAAUCGUCAGACCUUGCUUUUUAGUGCUACCUUACCAAGUGCUCUUGCAGAAUUUGCCAAGGCUGGUCUACAGGACCCUCAACUUGUGCGUCUUGAUUUGGAUACUAAGAUUAGCCCUGACUUGAAGGUUAACUUUUUCACCUUACGACACGAAGAAAAACUUGCUGCCUUGCUGUAUUUGAUAAGGGAACAAAUCAGUUCUGAUCAGCAGACAUUAAUAUUUGUUUCCACAAAGCAUCAUGUGGAGUUCCUUAAUGUCCUUUUUAGAGAAGAGGGCAUUGAGGCUUCUGUAUGUUAUGGUGAUAUGGACCAAGAUGCUCGCAAGAUUCAUAUAUCAAGGUUUAGAUCAAGAAAGACCAUGUUGCUAAUUGUGACAGAUGUUGCAGAGGGCAUUGACAUCCCAUUGCUUGAUAAUGUUGUUAAUUGGGACUUUCCACCAAAACCUAAAAUUUUUGUCCAUCGAGUAGGGCGAGCUGCAAGGGCUGGUCGGACUGGUACUGCAUUUUCUUUUGUGACAUCUGAGGAUAUGCCUUACCUUUUAGAUCUUCAUCUCUUCCUCUCAAAACCUAUUAGAGCUGCUCCCACUGAGGAGGAGGUUUUGCAAGAUCCAGAUGAAGUAAUGUCCAAAAUUGAUCAAAUAGUUGCAAAUGGAGGAACUGUUUAUGGGCGGCUCCCCCAGACGGUUAUAGAUCUUGUUUCAGACAGGGUUCGGGAACUUGUUGAUUCAUCCGCUGAACUGGCUUAUUUGCAGAAAACCUGUACGAAUGCAUUUCGCUUGUAUUCAAAGACAAAACCUUCACCUUCUAGGGAGUCCAUUAGAAGAGCAAAAGAUCUACCCCGUGAAGGGUUGCAUCCAAUUUUCAAAAAUGUACUAGGAGGUGGUGAAUUAAUGGCACUGGCUUUUUCUGAGCGCUUGAAAGCUUUCAGACCAAAGCAAACCAUUUUGGAAGCUGAAGGUGAAGCUGCUAAAUCAAAGAAUUUCCAAGGUCCUGCUGUUGAUGUGAUGAAAAAGAAGAGGGCUAUUCAUGAAAAAGUCAUUAAUUUGGUACAACAGCAACGCUCUAGUGAUCAUGUGGCAAAGAUGCAGGAAGUCGAACCUGAAAUGGCUUAUCCAAAGGAUAAGGAGAAAAAAGGAGGCUCGAGUUCUAAAAGAAAGGCAAAGACCUUCAAGGAUGAGGAGUACUUUAUAAGUUCAGUGCCAAUGAAUCGCCAUGCAGAGGCAGGACUCUCAGUAAGAGCUAAUGAAGGUUUUGGGUCAAGCAGGUUGGAAGCUGCUGUUCUGGAUCUAGUUGCAGAUGAUAGUUCGGGUUUGCAGAAGCAGAAGUCUGUAUAUCAUUGGGAUAAGAGAGGUAAAAAAUACAUCAAGUUAAACAAUGGUGAACGUGUGACAGCUAGCGGAAAGAUAAAGACCGAAAGUGGCUCAAAAGUAAAAGCCACCAAAACAGGGAUAUACAAGAAGUGGAAAGAACGAUCACACAAUAAGAUAUCUCUAAAAGGAACAAGUAAUGAAGGAAAUGCUGAAGCCACAAGUUCAGCAGGAAAUCACCAAUUGCAUGGAGGUAACUGGAAGUUGAGAGGAAGAAAGAACCACUGGUCCAUGCCCAAUGCUCAUGUGCGCUCAGAAAUCAAGGACUCUGAGCAGGUUCGGAAGGACAGGCAGAAAAAGGCAAAUAGAAUUUCCCACAUGAAGAGCAAACCAAUGAAGGGUAAUAAAAAGUUUGGUAAAAAUGGAAAAAGAGGAAAAUCAAAGUAAGGAAGGCUUGUGAACUUCAUCAGCUGCUUCGGUUACUGGGGGAGAUCCUGAGGGUGGUCCCCAAACCAGAUCAUCAGGGACUCCUGAAAAUUUUGAUCUCCCCAUUCUUUUGGUGAGUAUGUUUAUUAACCUCCUUUUUGGAAACCACACAUAUUGAUUUGGCCGCAGUAGUUCUAUUUGUACGAGCCAGAGGAUGCUGAUGCUGAUGUUAUCUUGUGCUACUUUACACAUGUAUCAUAGCAAAGAUGAGAGAAUGUUAUAUCCAACUUCACGGCCGUGUAAUUUCAGCACAUUUUUGAGAGUUCUCCUCCCUCUUAGCCAAUUUAACCUCCGUACAAUUUGAUUUGUGGUUCUAAUGGACUUUCAAAAGCUUCAAAGAGUUCUCUCUUAGCCAA